GCCUUUUCGACGGCAAUUUCACAGGUCCUCAGAUUCAGUCUGUAAUUAAUCGCCAAUCAGAUAUUAUGGACAGUAGUAUUUCAUGCCUGAGGCGACGAGGCAUCCAUGACGAGAGCUGGCCUGCCCUGAAUUCAAAGAUUCAACGAAAGCUACAGAACUUUGGACAAGGGGAAUUAAUACGUCGGCGAUGCGAUCAUUGAUCAUACCGAAGUACUUUAAUACUGUCCAUCAUUUCGGCUUCUCACCUGUGUGUUCCCCUCUCCCUAACACCCGCCAGGUAACACCACCUAGCAAUUCAUCUAUAUAUGCUGUUGCGUCCCCAUAAAAUUUCCAUCGUUCCUCUGAGCAAGCCUUCCGCAAUCCGCAUUUCAUCUCGAGAUUCGCACCCCGUCUCAGGACUUCGGUCGAGUAAACCUCACCGUCCAUCUCCCUACUGAUAUAGUUCCUCACGGGCUCUGGAACCAACCCCACCACAGCCUUCGCACACCUCACCAUGCCUCCGAAGCGAAAGCGUACGCCAAACGGCUCCUCGACCGAUCUUACCCUCGACACUACCCGGUCACCAUUGAACGAUGCGUCCGGCGACGAUGCCCGAGAAUCCACGUCUCAAAACGAGGACUCUUCGGGAAGUAAGUCGCCCGAGCCGGCGGCGAAACGCUCGCGACCAGCCAACGGACGAGCGGAUUCCACGGACAGCGACCUCGAUGUCGAAGAAGCCCUCGAACAUGGUGAAGGGGGUGAAAGGGGGAAAAUGAGGAUGGAGGAGCCCCCACGCGCGGGACUGGUCGAUCCGAAAGGAUAUCAUACCAAUCCUCCGCCUGAAGGGCGUCCGGUCCGCGUGUACGCGGAUGGCGUGUUCGACCUCUUCCACUUGGGGCAUAUGAGACAAUUGCAACAGGCGAAGCAGGCUUUCCCGGACGUAUACCUCAUUGUCGGUGUCACGGGUGACAAGGAAACCCAUCGAAGAAAAGGUCUCACCGUCCUGUCAGGGAAGGAGAGGGCGGAGAGUGUCCGGCACUGCAAGUGGGUGGACGAGGUCGUGGAAGACUGCCCAUGGAUCAUCACCGAUACUCCCGAGUUCAUCGAGAAAUAUCAAAUUGACUACGUUGCCCACGACGAUAUUCCCUAUGGUGCGGACGAAGGGGACGACAUCUACUCCCCGAUUAAGGAACAAGGGAAAUUCCUGGUCACUCAAAGAACCGAGGGCGUAUCUACGACUGGCAUCAUUUCAAAGAUUAUUCGCGACUAUGAUCAAUACAUUACCCGGCAACUCAAGCGAGGAACGUCCCGACAGGAGCUCAACGUCUCCUGGUUGAAGAAAAAUGAGCUCGAUAUCAAGCGUACCGUGGCCGAGUUGCGCGACAACAUCCGAACCAACUGGACCACCACCGGACAGGAACUGGGGAAGGAGUUGCGACAGAUGUGGCAAGCCAACGGCAGCAGGCCAGCAAGCCCGGCUCGGUCGAGUAGGGACGAGCCAAACCUUUCUCCGAGGCUGUCGAACGUUCCAUCGGCCUCUGCUGUGGCUCAUUUGAGCCACCUGGACAUUCCGAAGUCUCCGACCGGAACCCCGUCGACCAAUUCUUCGGAUUUCGCAGCGGGCUAUAGCCUGGGGUUGAUCGGCGGAGUGAGGUCAUGGAUGGCGCGGAGUCGUCGGACGCUUAACGAUACUCGGCAGUCAAGUCCCGAAAGCGGUGAUGAAGACAGCUCGCGAGCCACAAGCCCGAAAGAUAUGGAGCGGGGCCGACGGUCCUCACGACUUGCGAAUGGGGGUGCCGAUACCGAGUGAAAGCUUUCGUUAAUGGUUGUAUCUUCUUGGAUUGACCUGUUUCUCAUGUCGAUACCGACACAUAUAUCCUUUAAUUCUCAGCCCGAUGCGUAAAGCAGGCCCCUGGGUUUCUUUCUAAUCACCGAGAGUGUGGCUCAUGCACCAAUUUCUUGUACAUUUAAGGCUAAAACCGGAACGAAUAUCCUAAACUCCAAGUCAUCAACACUGUAACAAUGAACGGAUAUAUGCGCCGACCCAUCUUGAUUCCCGAACAAGGCAGUAUAACGUCUAUAUGUGUGUGCUUUAGUCAAGACUCUUAAGGCUCCACCUAGUCUUGUCCUCUUGCAUCG